GGGUAGGGUGUUACAGUUUGGUAUCAGAGCCUGGUUCCCUCUUUUUGUUGUUAUGGCGUACUAUACCCUAUGGGAGGGUAAACACUCCUAAGGAGGGGAGUGCCCCAUAAUGACUUAAACUGGGAAUUGAGUUUGACAUGAUUAUGUGUAUUGGUAUAUUGGAUGAAAUUACCUGCAUCAUGGUUUUCAAAAUUGAGUUUUGAAUUUAUUUGUUUUCAAGUAAUUAUUUUGGAAAUUUUUUGUUUUAACCAAGUGAGAGAUUUGGUGAAGAAUGAAUUUUGUGUGGAUCAAUCUAAGGCCAAUAUUUCCUUGUAGCUCGCACGGAAGUUGUGAAAAUGUUCCUACUGACCAGUCGAGAGGAGUGGGGGCGGUUGAUGCAAGACCGCCAGUAUUAGAUUAUGCAAAGAUGAAGAGUUUGGGUGGUAGGGACUUUAAAGGAGAUGUGAGUCCGGAUGCUGUGGUAGAGUGGUUGAGGGAGAUGGAAGAUGUGUUUGAAUAUCUUUAUGCGACCCCAGAGGAAAAAGUACAAUAUGUUGUUUUUCUCCUAAAGGGGUACGCGAGGAGCUGGUGGUCUUCAGUCUCUAGAGUUAAUGGUGAACGAGUUCAGUUCACCUGGGAGGAGUUCCUGAAGGCCUUUAAGACAGAGUUUCUUCCCGAAGCUUUUAUCAGGGCAAAGAACAAUGAAUUUGCCAACCUUAAGCAGGAGAAUAUGACAGUUACUGAGUACACCAUCAAGUUUGUUCGACUGCUUUACUUUGAGGAUGGGUUGGCGGAUACUGAGCAAAAGAAGAAGAUGAGAUACUUGCAUGGUCUGCGCAUAGGAUUGAAAGAAAAGAUCCACAGGGUUGAUGAAGAGAGCAUGGCCACAAUCAAGGAGGCUGCACUUAAGUAUGAAGCCUAUGAAGUUGAGAGCCGAGAGGAACACAAGGCUAAAGAAGAGGAGAAGAAGAGGAAGUUUGGAGUAAAUUAUGCUGGACCUCGUUACCCACCCAGGAGAGGUCCUAGCAGUUUUGGGAGAACACAGAGUCAAUCUAUGUCGGGAACAUCAUACAGGGCACCAAUUUCCUCAGCCACACAAUUUCCAUUUUGUCAAGUUUGUCAGAAGAGGCAUCUUGGAGAGUGUAGGAGAUUUUCUCGUGUAUGCUUUCAGUGUGGCCAACCUGGGCACAUCAUGAGGGAUUGCCCGCAUGCGAGAGAAGUAAGAACUACACAGUCCGAGCCUUCAGUGCAAAUGAGUAGAGCCCCAUUCAGGGGUGGUUACCAGGGAGGCCGUAGUGGAUUUCAGAGUGGUCGUGGUGGUUCACAGGGUGGUAGAGGUGGUGGUCGAAAUCAGCCAUCAGGAAGUGGUACGCAGGGUACCAGAGCACAGGGAGCACCGAGGGUUUAUGCAAUGACUCGAGGUGAGGCAGAAGUGGCACCAGAAGUUGUGACUGGUAUGCUUUCUAUCCUUGGCAAGCAAUUAUAUGCUUUGAUCGAUACUGGUUCCUCUCACUCAUUCAUGUCAUAUACGUUUGCACAUAUGCUACGUUUAGUUCCAGAUAAGCUAGGCUAUACCUUAUGUGUUAAAACACCUGUGGGAGAUACCUUGAAGGUAGACUCAGUUAUUAGAAGUUCCUUCAUUUGUGUGGAAGGAGCUUUCCUAGCAGCAGAUUUAAUUCUGCUACCUUUUGAUGAAUUCGAUGUCAUCCUUGGAAUGGACUUUCUGGCAACACAUGGAGCUGUUGUGGAUUGUCAAAAGAAAGAAGUGUUAUUCAGCACACCAGAUAAAGGUCCUGUUGUAUUCCGAGGCAUUAAGAAAAAGGAGACUCAUGGUUUUCUUUCUGCCUUGGAAGCUUUUCGAUUAGUGAAGGAAGGUUGUGAAGCCUUUCUUGCUCAAGUUACUAUAGUAAAUGAUAAGAAGGUUGAGGAUGUAGAGGUGGUAAGGGAAUUUCCUGAUGUAUUCCCUGAAGAACUUCCCGGCCUUCCACCAGAAAGGGAAGUAGAGUUUGAUAUUGAAUUGGUACCUGGCACAACACCAAUUUCAAUGGCACCAUAUAGAAUGGCACCAAUUGAGCUGAAGGAGCUUAAAGAACAAUUGCAAGAAUUGUUAGACAAGGGGUUUAUUCGACCUAGCAUCUCACCUUGGGGUGCACCGGUUUUGUUUGUCAAGAAGAAAGAUGGUUCCAUGAGAAUGUGCAUUGACUACCGGAGGUUGAAUAAGGCGACAGUGAAGAAUCGUUAUCCCCUUCCAAGAAUAGAUGAUUUGUUUGAUCAAUUGCAGGGUGCAUCAGUCUUUUCUAAGAUUGAUUUGAGGUCUGGAUACCAUCAAUUGAAAGUGGCAGAUGGAGCAACUUCAAAGACUGCUUUUAGAACAAGAUAUGGGCAUUAUGAGUUCCUGGUAAUGCCUUUUGGACUCACUAAUGCACCAGCGGUAUUUAUGGCUCUUAUGAACAGAGUUUUCCAUGAAUAUCUUGAUAAGUUUGUGAUUGUGUUCAUAGAUGAUAUUCUCAUCUAUUCUAAAAGCGAGGAGGAGCACAAAACUCACCUUAGAAUUGUGUUGCAAAUUUUAAGGGAGAAACAAUUAUAUGCAAAAUUCUCAAAAUGUGAGUUUUGGCUGAAGGAGGUAAUAUUUCUGGGACAUGUAAUUUCUGGAAGAGGUGUCGAGGUGGAUCCGAAAAAGGUGGAAGCAGUGGUGAGUUGGACUCCACCAAAAGAUGUGUCGGAGUUGAGAAGUUUUCUUGGCAUGGCUGGUUAUUAUCGGCGGUUCGUAGAAGGAUUUUCUAAAAUUGCUGCACCAUUGACUAAACUGUUGAGGAAGAAUACUAAGUAUGUUUGGGAUGAAUCAUGUCAAAAGAGUUUUGAUGAACUGAAAAAGAGAUUGACCACAGCACCAGUACUUGCACUACCUUCAAGUCAGGGAGAGUUUGUGGUGUAUAGUGAUGCCUCGUAUCAAGGAUUGGGCUGUGUGUUAAUGCAAGAUGGAAGAGUUAUCGCAUAUGCCUCUAGGCAAUUGCGUCCUCAUGAAGUAAAUUAUCCCACUCAUGACUUAGAAUUGGCAGCGGUGGUAUUUGCUCUCAAGAUUUGGCGACAUUAUUUGUAUGGUGAGACUUUUAAAAUUCUAACUGAUCACAAAAGCUUGAAGUAUAUUAUGGAUCAGAAGGAUUUAAAUAGUCGCCAGAGGAGAUGGAUUGAACUUCUGAAAGAUUAUGAUUGUACCAUUGAUUACCAUCCAGGUAAAGCUAAUGUAGUUGCUGAUGCUCUGAGCAGAAAGGGGAAGAAGAAUAUAAAUGAUCUGGUUGAUUUGAGGGCAAUGAAUGUUGAUUUGGAAGUGGAUGGUGUAACAGGGUUACUAGCUCGGUUGAACAUUCGACCUUUGUUGCACGACAAAAUUCGUGAGAAGCAGAAGGAGGAUCCAGAGUUGGCAAAAAUCAUCCAAGACAUUGAGGAAGGUAAAGAAAGCCCAUUUGAAAUGGUAGAUGGCAUGUUGAAGAUGAAUGGAAGGGCAUGUGUUCCUAAUGUUGAUAACUUGAGGAAAGAGAUCCUAGAUGAAGCUCAUUCUUCUGCUUAUGCUAUGCACCCAGGAGCAACUAAAAUGUAUCACACGAUCAAACCAUAUUUUUGGUGGCGUGGGAUGAAAAAGGAAGCGGCUGAACAUGUUUUCACAUGUCUAGUAUGUCAGAAAGUUAAGGCAGAACAUCAAGCUCCCGUGGGAAAACUGCAACCACUUCCAAUUCCAGAAUGGAAGUGGGAAAGAAUCACAAUGGAUUUUGUAUAUGGUCUCCCAUCAUCAAGGGGAAAAGAUGCAGUAUGGGUUAUUGUGGACCGACUGACCAAAUCGGCUCACUUUUUACCCAUUAGAUGGAAACCAUCACUGGAGACUUUGUCUCAACUAUAUAUUAAGGAGAUCGUCAGAUUGCAUGGUGUGCCAAUUUCUAUUGUCUCUGAUCGAGACCCGAGCUUCACAUCUCGGUUUUGGCAAAGUUUACAUGAUGCCUUGGGAACUAAAUUACAUUUUACUUCAGCUUAUCGUCCUCAAACAGAUGGGCAGAGUGAACGAACCAUCCUAACUUUGGAGGAAUUACUUCGAUCAUGUGUAAUGCAAUGGGAGGAAUCAUGGAUUGACCAUUUGCCCUUGAUUGAGUUUGCUUACAACAAUCAAUACCAUAGUAGUUUGGGUGUUCCACCAUAUGAAGCACUUUAUGGGAGGAAAUGCAGGACACCAUUAUGUUGGGAUGUAGAAGGAGCAAGGCAAAUCUCAGGGCCAGAGAUAGUUCAGAUCACCGUUGACAAGGUCAAGGAAAUCAGGGAGCGGUUGAGGGUGGCUCAAGAUCGACAGAAAGUUUAUGUUGACACGAAUAGGCGUGAAGUUAAUUUCGAAGUGGGUGAGAAAGUAUUUCUCAAAGUGUCACCAUGGAAAGGGGUGAUGAGAUUUGGUAAGAAAGGAAAGCUUGCACCUCGAUAUAUUGGGCCAUAUGAAAUCACAGAGAAGAUUGGACCAGUGGCUUAUAAGUUAGCAUUGCCUCCAGAACUAUCCCAAAUCCACAAUGUAUUUCAUGUUAGUAUGCUGAAGAGGUACAAAGUGGAUCCUUCCCAUGUUAUACAACCAGAAGAGAUCGAGUUGGGUUCAGAUUUGACUUUUGAGGAGGUUCCAGUUGAGAUUGUUGAUUUUCAGAUUAAGAAUCUUCGUAGGAAGGAAAUCCCAAUGUUGAAAGUGGUUUGGAGAAAUCAAGAAAGUGAGAGUGCUACCUGGGAAACUGAAGCAAGUAUGCGAGAGAAGUACCCUGAGUUGGUAGCAACAUACUUUGCAGGUUAACAAUCUUGCUUAGUAAGUUAUGUUUUGAACUUGCUGACGUGUUUUUGUUGUGAUAGCCCAGUAUAGGUUUUUGAAACCUAAACCUGGGAACUUGAGGUGUUAUGUGUUACCUUCUAUGUUAUGAAUUGCCUGACCUAAGAGUUAGGUAAUGACUUUAUGUGUGAUAGACCAAGUUAAGGGUAAGUAAGAGGAGUUAGAGUUUGACUCAAGGUUAGAUUUCGGGGACGAAAUCUUUUAAGGAGGGGAGAAUUGUAACAUCUCAUUUCGGCUAAAACCCAUAUUUCGAUCGUUAGAAAGUUCGCGAUUUAAAAUCGAGCAUUUCGACACUAUUUCGGCGAAAAUCGAAUUAUCGAUCGAUCGGAUAAGUAUACGUAUUAAUUUAUAUAUAUAUAUAUAUAUAUAUAUAUAUAUAUAUAUAUAUAUCCUGUCCAUUUAAUUUCCCCACCACCACCGUUCAUUUUCCAUUUCUUCCUUCUUCUUCCAUUUCCGAGAGAAACGAGAGAAACAGAGCACGCGCGGAGCUCUCGACCCAAAAUUCCAAAGCUCAAAAUCUUGAGCCCUAGUGAUCCAAAAAUCCCGUAAGUAAUGCCUAAUUCAUCUAUACAUCGUGUUUUAUCGAUUUAGAGCUUUAAAACGAGUUUUUGGUUCAGGAAUUUCUUGAAUUCCCGAUCAGCCAAAUUAGGGUUUCGGAGUAUCCGGAAGCCGGAUUGAGCCCAAAUUUCAUAUACGAGCUUCCUGCAGCGAGGUAAUCAAUCCUCUAGUUCUAAUCCCUGAAUUUCGGCUAUUAUUUAGGCCGGGGUCCAAACCGCUGAAUUUAGCUCCGGCCAGGGUUUGAUGUGUUUUUAUCGAGAAUUUGACCCGGAGCCUAGAACUAAUAUUGACGGGGAUACUGCAGGGGAUAUUAGGACGGUCUCGGAUUUUAAUUCGGGGUUCGUUCGUGAAAUUGACGUUUUAGUACGGGAGGCUAGAACCGGGGUUUGAACGACCAGAACUGGUGAGGGAUUAGCACGGCAUACCGGGUUUGUCGUAUCACGAUAAUUAUAUUAAUGCUUAGAAUUGACCUAGGUGAACUAGAAUGGCAUGAUUAGGGGUGUAUGGACUUUUGUGCUAUAUGAUAAACCCUGGACUGUUGUAUGAUAUUAUUGACUUGCCCUAAUCGAUAUGAACCUUGUUUAUGUGGAUGAUUGCAUACAUGUUACCAUUUGUGGCUUAACUAUUGAUAUGACUUCAUGGUUGUUCGAUAAGGGGUUUUGACAUGGUGUGAUAUUAUGGUUGUAUUUGGAUCCAUAAGUGGGGGAAUAAACUUCCCAAGGUGAUAGUAUGAUGUUUUAAGGAGGAUGACUUGCACGAGGGUUUAUCCCGAGGAAGUGCAAUUAUACGACUCCUGAUUUACCUAUGUUGAGCCAAUUGUGGCCUGGUCAAGUACAUGUGCAAGUAAUGAAUUAUGAUUAAGCAA